AUGAGUACGAUACAGAGUCUAAAAAACUUCAUCCGUCACGGGAAGCAGGCUCGCGCCGCUGGCACCCCCCACGGCGAACCCACCACCAAUGUCACCGCCGUCCAUGUAGAGCGCCAGAAACAGCCCCAAGCCCCGCAGCAGCACCAUGGCGGGUUCGAUGGCAUUGAUCAUAGAGCUGCUCCGGCGAAGCACGACCAGACAGCCCCCCAACAGCACAGCUCGGGCAAGCCCCGUGGACAUGAGCAGGAGAUCAAGCAGAUUGUCGCAGAGGAGAAGAUUAGUAGAUCUACAAUGCCUGUCUAUCCUGGAUUGGACCGCUGGGUGCUGUUGUCCAAAAUGGGCGACGGGGCCUUUAGCGAUGUCUACCGCGCCCGCGAUAGCACCGGUCAAUACGGAGAGGUUGCGAUCAAGGUCGUUCGCAAGUUCGAGAUGAGCUCCAAACAGGACGCCCAUCUUCAUGCGGACCUGAAGAAGAGACCUCACGUCGCCGAGCGGGCGAACAUCUUGAAAGAAGUCCAAAUAAUGCGCCAACUCGACCACCCUAACGUCGUCAAGCUUGUACAGUUUUCCGAGUCAAAAGAGUUUUAUUACAUUGUUCUUGAACUCUGUCCCGGCGGCGAGCUAUUCCACCAAAUCAUUCGUUUAACCUAUUUCAGCGAGAACCUUAGUCGUCACGUCAUUAUCCAGGUUGCAAAGGCAAUAGAAUACCUACAUGAGACAUCUGGGGUUGUGCACCGUGAUAUCAAACCUGAAAAUCUCCUGUUCUACCCCAUUCCCCAUAUACCAACGAAGCACCCCAAGCCACCCGCACCAGGUGAAGAGGACAAAGUCGAUGAAGGAGAGUUCAUACCAGGAGUGGGCUCGGGUGGUAUUGGCUUAAUCAAGGUUGCAGAUUUUGGUCUGUCCAAAGUCGUCUGGGACAGUGAAACAAUGACGCCAUGUGGCACGGUUGGCUACACGGCUCCCGAAAUAGUGAAGGACGAAAAGUACUCAAAAAGUGUGGAUAUGUGGGCGCUAGGCUGUGUUUUGUAUACUCUCCUUUGCGGAUUUCCUCCCUUCUAUGACGAAAGCAUCAGAGUGCUUACAGAAAAGGUGGCCCGUGGCCAAUACACAUUCCUCUCACCUUGGUGGGACGAUAUAUCAAAGUCAGCCCAAGACUUGGUGUCCCAUUUGCUUACAGUCGACCCCGACAAGCGAUACACAAUCCGCCAGUUCCUCAACCACCCGUGGAUUCGUGAAACUGACGAGGAGACAUAUGCUGCUGCAGACGCUCCCCCACUCGCUACACCUUUGGCGACCCAGCCGCAACUUUUCGAGGUUCCAUACGCCGCUGGCGAACGUAGAGCUGACUUCCGUUCUCCCGGUGCUAUGAACCUUCGCGAAGUCUUUGAUGUCGGCUACGCCGUACACAGACAAGAAGAAGAAGCCAAGCGCCGCAAGAACUUCAGACACGGCUACCGUGGUGCCAACGUUGCUGGUGGGUACCGCGGCGACCUCAAUCCAGUGACAGAAGACUACGACGACGAGUACGACGACUUUGAACAAAUGAUCUACAGCGACCAGGACAAUAACGCUGCCAAUAUCUACAGUAGAGCCCGUCACACAGAGACAACCGAUAUGGCCGGCAUGGAGUCCAAGCUUCGCUCCACAAACCUCGGAUCUUCGCAGCACUCAAGCGCUGCCGCGCAAGCCAGGAGUGCAGCUGCUGGCCAGCAGCGCGGCCGACAACCGCAGCAAAAACAUCAUCCUCAGGCAGGCGGCUAUGGUCAGCACAGCGCGGCGGUUGCGGCAGCCGCUCGGGAGAACGCUGCCCGGGCGGCGAGUCAACCUUUCGAGCUCAGCCUUGAUAACGCGACUUUACUGGGUAGGAGGGGACGGCGGCUAGAAGGGCAACUUGCGACGUGA